GUGACCAUACAAACCCACGUCUGCACGUGACUUGCGUCUUGCAAAACAACAUCUGCCUCUACAUAUACACUCAGCAGCAGGGAUUCUAAGGCGAAAAGCAGAGGGAAUGGCCUACCUACAGAGACUGGGAGUGCCGCUGCGUCGGGUGGCGAUGCAGAGCAGAGUUUUCGCCGCUUCUUACCACGAGAAGGUGAUAGACCACUACGAGAACCCGCGGAACGUGGGCAGCAUGAACAAGGAGGACUCUGAUGUUGGGACCGGACUGGUGGGCGCCCCUGCCUGUGGAGACGUAAUGAAACUUCAGAUAAGAGUGGACGGGGAUGGGAAGAUUGUCGACGCAAAGUUCAAGACUUUUGGCUGUGGCUCUGCCAUUGCCUCCAGCUCUCUGGCCACUGAAUGGGUGAAGGGAAAGACGUUGGACGAUGCGGGAGAGAUAAAGAACACCACCAUUGCCAAGGAACUGAGUCUACCACCAGUGAAACUGCACUGCUCCAUGUUGGCAGAGGACGCCAUUAAGGCGGCCCUCAAAGACUACAAAGGAAAGCAGGAUAAAAUGGAGAGCACAUGCUGAUGGUGUGCUCUAUUUAGACUCUGCACCAGAUACUCCUGCACCCCGUAUAUAUAUAUAUCACCCUCUGUUGUCAGUUUAUGUGGAUUUCUGUAAUAUUAUUUGUUUAUUCUUUGUGAUUUGUAUCAUUAUUUCUCUUGUCAUCGUGAAAGAUAUGCAAUUAUACUUACAUAAUGAAUUAUUUCAACUAAUGCCGAAAAAUCCUAAAUUUCCACAGA